UAAAAAAGGAAAAGAAAAGGAAGAAAAGGUUUUUGUCUGCUUAUCAUUUUCUUUUUUGAAGUUUACAAUUAUUAUUACUUGCAGGAAUUUUGUGGGUGAUGAAUUGAUAAUAAGAAGAAGAAUUUGCUCCCCCCCCCAUGAAUAUGAUAGAUUUCAGAUGCAUCCUCUUCUUCACGCUUUUGAAAUUGGUACUACCCGUACGCUGUAAGUACUGAUUUCUGCAAAAGCUGAAUCCAUGGCUACGUACUUUCAUGGAAGCUCAGAAAUUCAACCUGCUAAUGACGGAUUACAAACUCUCUACCUCGUGAAUCCAACUUACUUACCUUACUCUUCAGUUCCCAGCUUCAACGCCGCCGGAAACUCGCUCACGCUCACCAACAUUCCCCACGCGCCGCCGUCUUCUCACCCUCAUCUUACUAGCAUCCACCUUCCCACUUCACCUCCCGUCAUGGGUCCCACCAAUUCCGACGACCCCCUUCGAUCUUCAGGCCUCCACGCCGUCAGCCUCUACAACUUGUGCGUCGGCGUGGACCAAAACUCCGGACAGAUCACAGUUCCAACUGGUGGCGGCCAUGAUGAGUUUUACCGGCGGUUUUAUCCGCCGGUGGUAUCUCCCACAUGGCAAGGCCUGUCGCUUAGCUUGUCGUCAGAGCAGGUGUCUACUUACAGGUCAAGCAGCAGCAACGUUGAUAUGCAAGGGCAGUCCUCGUCGUCGACGACGGCGAGUUUUCCGGCAGUGUCGAACGGGUUUUCCGGUGUGCAUGGCGUCGCGUUGGGAUCUAAGUUCUUGAGGGCUGCACAGGAGCUGCUUGAUGAAGUUGUUAACGUGGGGAAAAUAAUAAAGUUCGAUCAACCAAUUACCAACGGGAUGAUUAAAGAGAAGAUGAAGGAAUCCACUGCCGGCGAAGUAGCCGGUUCCGGGAGUGAAGCUAUCGGCAAUGGACAUCAUUAUAAGCCUGCGAGCGAGCUCACCACAGCAGAAAGGCAGGAGCUGAAGAUGAAGAAGACGAAGCUUCUUAACAUGCUUGAACAGAUUGAGGAAAGAUACAAGCAGUACCAGCAGCAAAUGCAGACUGUGGUUUCUUGUUUCGAGCAGAUUGCAGGGUUGGAUUCUGCGAAAUCAUACACUGGACUUGGUUUGCAAACAAUAUCAAAGCGAUUCAGGUGUCUUAAAGAUGCAAUAUCAGUUCAAGUCAAGGCCACAAGCAAGAGUUUAGAAGACGAAGAAGAUUGGUUAUCAGGAGCUACAACGACGUCGUUUAAGGUUGAAGCUGGCUACUCCAAAUUAAGGUACAUUGAUCACCAGCUUCGCCAACAGCGGGCACUGCAACAGAUCGGUGUGGUCCGAAACAAUGCCUGGAGAUCCCAGAGAGGAUUGCCUGAACGAGCUGUAUCUGUUCUUCGAGCUUGGCUUUUCGAGCAUUUCCUUCACCCGUAUCCCAAGGAUUCAGAUAAAAUUGUGCUAGCAAAACAAACAGGGCUUACAAGGAGUCAGGUAUCAAACUGGUUUAUAAAUGCUCGAGUUCGGCUAUGGAAACCUAUGGUUGAGGAGAUGUACAUGGAAGAAAUCAAAGAGAAAAAGCCAAAGAAUCUUGAUGAUGAAGAUCAGAAGAAUUCAACCAAUAAUCAUCAUGAACACAAAAAGUAUGAAUAUUCACUUCCUUCCCCACAGAACCAAAUUUAUAAUGAUAUUGUUGAAGAAUCAAAACAAGAGAUCAAAAACCAGUUUUCAUCAAACUCCACCAUGUCCAGAUCUCUUCACCAGCACCAAACCAGCUUCAUCAACCUCGUUGGAUCCUCGGAUUAUCGUGUCGAACCGGCCAGAAUUAAUAGUACUAAAGCUGCUGAUAAUGAUGAUAAUCAGAUCAGGAGUAGUACUACAAAGAAACAAAGGAUAUUGAGUCAUGAAUUGCAGAAUUCCCCAAGCCGUAAGAUAGUACUAUCAAGUGGGAUAGAAAUGAAGCAAAUUAUAACUAGUGGUAAUGGGGGAAUGAAUCUUUCAAAGUUUGGAGAUGGUGAUGAUGAUGAUGAUGAUAAUGACGAUGAUGAUGAUGAUGAUCAGAAUCUGAUCAACGGUUCAGGUGGGUUUGGUGGGUAUAUCAAUUUAAUGGAUCAGCAGUUGAGUACACCAAGAUUAAUCCAUGGAAAAUCUAAUGGUAUUUCUCUAACUCUUGGCCCUCCUCCCCAUUGUGAGAGUAUAUCUCUCUCAGGAAACCUAAAUAGUUUUCCCUCUAACCAGCUGCACAUCAGAAGAUUAGAAUUGGGAAAUGGUGAUGAUCAGCCUGAUUUCUGUUGGAAUUGAUUAAUUAAUUGGUGACGAUUAAUUCAUUUUGGCAAAAAGUUGAGAUGAGAUCGAAGUAGGAAACAAGGAUUUAGGUUUGUUCAUGAGAUAUCUUGUGAUCAACUUGCAGAGCUUCCAAUUAAGGAAGAUGACUAACUGCGGCAAGAAAGGAUGGAUUUAGCUGCGGUUUUUUUGUGGUGUAUAUAUAUAUAUGUGUGUGUGUAUAUAUACAUAUAUAUAUAUAUAUGCCAAAUGACUUGAUGCAAUAUAUAUGAUAGCAGAUACAAGAUGCAUGUCAUACCGAUCAAGCAUGUAUGUGUUUGAUGUAAAGAAAGAAAGACAAGCUGGUACAGCUACUAGCUUUACAUACAUUAUAUACAUAUAUUGCCUAGAUAAUAUAUGUGUAGUUUACGUAAUUGGAUGAGUCUAAUUAGACGUUGAGUUUAUAUAUGGGCUUGGGGAUUGUAUAGUGUUUUUGAUUAUGAGACUGUAGAUAGAUUGAUAAAA